AUGUUUACUAUUAUUAAUUUUAUCUUUGUAUUAUUAACUACAACAGUUUAUUGUCAAAAUGUAACCGUACAAUUUCAAACAUUUCCAGUUAAUACAGAUAUUGGAUCAUGUCCAUGUGAUUUAACUGCAAAUCAAUGUGAUGUAUCAUGUUGUUGUGAUCCUGAUUGUUCGUCAGAUGAUAUACUAGCAUUUUCAUGUAGUUCAAGAGAUAAUCAAUAUACAAAUACAACACCAAUCUUAUCUACUAUUCAACCAUCAUGUUAUAAAAAUAUAUCCAUAUUUCAAUCAAAUUCGCCAUAUGUUAUCCAAAAAAUGGGCGAACUUGUUUGUGUAGAUUUUCAACGAUAUAGUGGAAGUCAAUAUUAUCAACAACCAAACAUUCAAACAUUGGAUCCAGGUUCUUUCGUACGGACAAUUAAUAGAGAAAAUAGUAUAUCAGCACCAUCUGGAUUACCAACUAAUCUAACUAAUUAUCAAGUCGGCACGCCGAUACUGACAUAUAACACGACAAGGGCAGCACCUAUUUAUUAUUCUCUACCAGUGAAACUAUCCAAUAAUCAAUUGUGUUCUGGAUCACAAACAAUCACUUAUAUGAACGAUUUUACAUCAACAUGCAAUCGGGUAGUGAGUUUAACUACAUGUUAUGGAGCUCUUAAUCCUUCAACAUAUAUGAAUCCUCUCUGUCUUAUUAGAUUUCCUUCACUACCUUUUGAUAAUUCAACAUAUAUUUGUGAUAAUACAAGUGUUUCUCCGGCAAGUUUUGUUGGAAGUACUUGUUCAGGCGCUCUUAAAAGUUUAACUAUUAAAAUUUUCUAUUCAAAUCCAUCUGGAAUAGUAAAUGUGAGUGUUACAAAUGUUACUAGCGAUUCAAUGGAUGGCACAACAUUUGAACAAACAUUUAUCGUUCAAUUUAUACAAAAUGAUUCAUCAUCAUUAUCAUCUUCAAGCACAGAACGUAAUCCAGGUUAUCUUCAAGGUGCUAAUAUUAUAGCGAGUAUCCAAAAUGAUACCACAAUCCAAACAAUAAGUUCUUCACAAUUUUCAAUUUUAAGACCAUUAUCCACUGGCUAUUGUGAUUCGAGUAAUACACAACGUAUGCCAAUCAGUUUCGGUGAAAGCAUUCGUUCGACAUGUAAAUACAAUGCAACCGGUCAAACAACAUGUCCUAAUAUCUAUGACAUACUUAUGCCUAUUAAUGCAACUAAUUUAUAUGUAGCUGCCUAUAGUAAUCCAAAUAUGUCUAAUAGUACCAAUGAUUGGUUACGUGUUAUAUCUUGCAUAUCUGCAAUAGGAUCUCCAAAUAUUUUUCAAUGUCAAAAUGGUAUUAAAUUAUAUUCAAGUUCGGAUGUUGUGUGUUAUGUUAAAUUAGAUAUUCAAAUAGCUUACACAAAAAUUGGUUCAAUUAGUAAUCCACAAUUUGUAUUGAGUGCAGUUAUCUUUCAUUAUCAAACAAUCACAACAAAUCUAUUAAAUGAUACUUUACUAGUAACGGAAAGUGUUACUUUUCAAGAUAUAUCAGUUACACCUGUUAUUGAACAAGGUCAAAUACCAGCACCAAAUACUCGUUUACCAGCUGAUUUCUUCUAUCCAUUUUCUACCAAUCAAGCAACAAAAUUUAUGACAUACUCAUAUUUGUCUUAUUCUUUGAUUAGUAUUCUUUUGAUUCUCAUGUAG